AAUCCCUACACUGCCAAACUUAAUUGGAUGCUUUAUACCGCUGGAUCCAAUGCUGCUGGACAGCUAGGAACUGGAUCACUAAAUGAUGCAUCAACACCUACUUUGACAUCACAUCCAGGCAGUUGCCAGCAACUAGCUGGUGGUGCAAACCAUUCUAUUCUGUUGGACUCGUUAGGCCAAGUUUUUGUUUGUGGUGAUAAUGCACAUGGACAACUUGGAAUAUCAGAUACAAGUAUAUCUACCAUCGCUACUUUUAUACCUGUUCAUAUCCACACUGCUCACAACGACCCAAUCGUCUAUAUUGCAUGUGGUUGGCAAGUCUCCUUUGCUGUAUCGCUUCGUGGUGCUGUUUGGGUUGCUGGAUGCAAUCUAUAUGGUCAAGCGGGGCUUUCUUUAUCUGUAAAACAAACUGAUACAUGCAACGGAUUCAUCAACCUCUCUGCCAUCCAUCCCCAACUACCAUCUAUCAAGAAAACUGCAUGUGGGUUGCGACAUACACUUUUUCUUGGCCAUGAUGGGUCCUUAUGGGGAUGUGGCUCCAACAGAUACGGACAGCUGUUGAAUUUAAUCGAUUCGGACUCUCUAGCGUCUAAAAAGCAUCUCAUUGUUCAGCCUCGAUUACUCAAACUUCAAAACUCGGCAAGAGUACUGGAUGUAGCUUGCGGACAAAAUCAUUCCAUUGCUCUGGUCUCUGGUUUAAAUGCUGAGUUAGCCAUCUAUACCUUUGGACAAAACAAGCAUGGCCAGUUGGCUGCAUCGCCUAUAUCUGUCCCACACACUCAAGGCAACCCAGAUCCCUUUAUCCAUGUCCCUAUUACCAUCCAAACUACCAUACCCCAAGAGCAAUUCAUUGCAGUAUUUGCUGGAUGGUCUACUAGUGGAGUUGUUUGCGAGUCUGGCCAUGUUUUUAUAUGGGGUCGCAACGAUCAUGGCCAAUUGGCAGUCUCCAAAAACCCAUCAUCGAUGCCAAACCAAGUAAAUGCUAUGGAUCUAAACCUGUUUUGUUCAACCACUCCAUGUCUGCUUUACUGGUAUCCACAAAUGAUUGUUCGUCUAGAUUCCAAAGGACUAUAUCAGCCGUUGAUUAUCAAGACAAAGCAUUCUAAAACUGGAUUGGUUCAGUGUGCUAUAGCAGCAGGUUCAGAGCAUAUUAUUGCGAUUGCCUUUGACCAUCAUACGGCCGAAAAAUCUAAUGAGAAUCCAGCGAGAAUGCAGUGUAUAUCAUGGGGCUGGAAUGAGCAUGGGAAUUGUGGAAUUGGCAAUACACUUGAUAUUCUUGUUCCUACUGUUUUAAAUGGCAUAUCUACUUUAGAUGAAAACUGUGUUGUCGGUGCUGGUGCUGGGCAUUCACUUAUCUGGACUCCACCGUAACUUUUAUUGAUACUAUUCUCCAGCUUAAAUAUUUACCAUUAAUUUGAAGAUUGAAUAGUCUACAAUCGCGUUGAUUAAAAUAAACUUUUCAUCUCGCU